AUGGUUUCCCAUCAAAACCAGACGUUUGGGACAACAUCUUCUUCCUCCACCUCACAUCCACCCUCUUUGUCCAAUAUGCCCGCCGCCAUUAUCGAUCAACCCUCACGAGACAACUGUGACCGUCGGAGAUCCCAACAUUCGUCUGCCUUACGACUGCCUACCGUUGCGCCAGAGCUGGUUGGCAAAGCAGUAACCCCGUUCUUAAGGGACCACAUUCCCGGACUAUACUCUCCCUUCGGAAAAUCACAGCAGCAGCAGGAGGGGCAGCAACUGCAUAAUCACCAUCACCAUCACCAUCAUAGUCAUAGUCAUCAACAAGAUCAGCAAACAUCAUCGAUGGAACUGCUCGCCGAGAAACAACCUUCGAAUACGAAAUACUGCUACAGACACCGGCCCGAUGCGAAAUGUCGAAGAGUGGCAGACGAGACAAAGAUGGCGAUGAUUCAGAGGGAACUCGACACACUUCCCUCCAGUGAUCGAGAAGCCAUUUCAAACUUUUGGUCUCUCUUUUCCGCAUCGCCUGCUAAGCAUCGAAACCUGAUGCUGCAAGGAAUCAUCACACAAUGUUGCUUCCCGCAACUCUCCACCGUCGCACGUGAGGUCCACGAACAACUCAAGAUCGAUUUCCUAACAGCGCUGCCGCCCGAAAUUUCCUUCAAGAUCCUCUGCUACCUCGACACGGCCUCACUAUGUAAGGCUGCACAGGUCAGUCGACGCUGGCGUGCGUUGGCUGACGACGAUGUGGUAUGGCACCGGAUGUGCAAACAACAUAUUGAUAGGAAGUGCACGGCAUGCGGUUGGGGUUUGCCGCUGCUUGAGCGCAAGCGACUGCGGGACUGGACGAGGCAACGACAGCUGGCCAACAGCAUCCGCGCGACCCGAGAGGCCGACGGUGCCGACAGCGAAGAUGCCCGGCCCGCAAAGAGACAGCGCCGCGACAGUUCCUCGGACGGACAACAGUCUGUCGAGGUUGUUGAGAAGCAACCCAAGUUCCGCCCCUUCAAGGACGUAUACCGCGACCGCUUCAAGAUUGGAUGGAACUGGAAGUACGGGCGAUGCGCGAUCAAGACAUUUAAGGGGCACACUAACGGUAUUCUCUGUCUGCAAUUCGACGAUAACGUUCUUGCGACCGGCUCGUACGACUCGACCAUCAAGAUUUGGAACAUCGAAACCGGCAAGGAAGUCCGGACGCUGACCGGCCACACUGGUGCCGUACGCACGCUGCAGUUUGACGACAACAAACUCAUCAGUGGCAGCUUCGAUAACACCAUCAAGAUUUGGAACUGGCAGACGGGCGAGUGCGUCAAUACGCUCCAGGGCCACACGUCAGGAGUCAUCUCGGUCCACUUUGAGGACAAGUAUCUCGCGUCGGGCUCCAUAGAUAGGAGUGUCAAGGUCUUCAAUUUCGAGACGCGUCAAACUUGGUGCUUCCGGGGCCAUGAAGACUGGGUCAAUGAAGUACGCAUGGACUUGCCAUCCCGCACAGUGUUCUCCGCCUCGGACGACUGCACCAUCAAGAUGUGGGAUAUGGACUCGAAGCAGUGCAUUAGGACAUACACCGGCCACCUCGGCCAGGUGCAGCAACUAGUCCUCCUCCCCGAUGACUUCGAGCCGGACGAGGAUACCGACACGAUGGACAACGUCUCCGUCACUAGCGGCCGUGGAGGAACACCGUCCGGGUCCCAGCGCCAUGGCUAUCAUGGCCAUGACCACUCCCACCGUGAUCCGACUCCGCACCAGGAAGAUCGUGCUGCUUUCGGUCCUCUUUUCGAAUACGAUUCUCAGCGACCGCUUCCCCCGCGAUACAUGCUCACGGCCGGCCAUGAUAACAACAUCCGCCUCUGGGAAAUCGCCACGGGCAGGUGCAUCAGGACCAUGUUCGGCCACCUCGAGGGAAUCUGGGGUCUCGCAGGAGAUACCCUGCGUUUCGUCUCUGGCGCCAACGACUCGAGCAUCAAGGUGUGGGACGCCCGCUCCGGAAAAUGUGAGAGGACGUUCACUGGGCAUGCUGGCCCGGUCACAUGUGUGGGGCUGAGCGAUAGCCGGAUGGCGAGCGCGAGUGAGGACGGUGAGGUGCGGAUCUACAUCUUUGAAGGAAACGGCAACAACCUGGAGGAAUACGGCACCCCGGCCUAG